UGAUAUAAUACGUCGAGUGGUGGUGAUGGUGAAAAGCGGCAAUCUUCCCGUACUUAGGUAUUGGUGAGGCAACAACGUAAAAGCAGGAGAAAACCUGAACGUGUGCCCAGCCGGAGCCCUCGACGAUCGGAAUCCCUCGAGGACAAGGUAUAGGCACGAUCUUCAAAGGAAUUGGUCCGUGACCGUCAGAGUCGUAGAUGGCCAAGCGGCCUGCAUGUAUCCCCGUUUCCUGCCGAUUCAGGGGCAGAGAACACUUUGCCGUCGAACCGAAAAUCGCUACUACUCCGUGUAGUUGCAGGUGGCAUUCUCGAUCCUAACCCUCUUCCUUUCUCUCUAUACUACAAAAUUGCCGCAUAAUGAAUGGCUACGCGGUGUCGGGGGCCUCGCUCUCCCACGAGGAGAAGAUGUCUCUCAUUGACGAUAAGUCGUUGUCGGACGUGGAAAGCGAGGGUGCUCGUACAGACUUCGAGGGUCGCUUCUCAACCAUGCAAUGGACUGGUUCCGUGAAGACCUACUUCGGCGGUUUGCGGCUGUCGUCGUGGGCCUCGACAGCUUUACGGAUGGUCAUGUUUCUGCUGCCUAGUUUCGUCCACCACCGAUGCGCGCGCGAGCGCUUUCGAUCCGAGAGGCUUAGCCCGACAGCAUACCUUGACGGGAUGCGAGGCCUAGCCGCCCUAUUCGUCUUUUUUUGCCACUUCUUCUAUACGGCCUUCAAGAUAGCCGAAGGCUGGGGCCACAACAACGCCAACUACGAGAUAUGGAGGCUCCCGUUUGUGAGGCUGCUUUAUAGCGGACCGUCCAUGGUCUGUAUCUUCUUCGUUAUAUCGGGAUACGCCCUCUCCCUGAAACCGUUGAAGCAACUUCGGAGCCGUUCGUUCGACGGCUUCUCUCAGACUAUGACCUCCUUCAUCUUUCGUCGAUACUUCCGUCUAUACCUCCCGCCACUAAUAUCGACAUUUGCCGUCAUGGUCCUACUACGGCUUGGCGUCUACGAGAUGACCAGAACCUUCUCAGGCGAUCGGAAAUACGUACACAACGUAAUAGAGCAUCAUCCCGUUCUCGAAGAAACCGCGGAGAAACAGCUGAAACAUUGGGUGCGGGAAAUGUAUAACUUUGUACACAUUUGGGGCUGGGAGAAGUUUGGUGGAGCAACGGGUUACGAUGUCCAUCUCUGGACGAUCCCGGUGGAAUUCCGGUGCUCGAUGAUGCUCUUCCUGGUCAUAUUGGGCACCGCGAGACUGCGGACCAGCGCUAGGUUCGUCUGUCUCGGCCUUCUCAUGUGGUUUGUGCUCCGAAGCGAUCGGUGGGAGAUGGUGUUGUUUCUCUGGGGCAUGGCGAUUGCCGAGUUAGACCUCAUCAGGGAUGCUCACGAGCCGAACAUCUCUCAGCCGCCGACCGCCCCGUUGGCAUUGCUGCCGCUCGAGAAAACCGAGGGCGCCCCAGAAAAGAGACGCUGUGCCAACGGCCUAUUAUGGACAUUGGCCUCUAUCCCCAGUCUCUAUCUCAUGUCCGAGCCGGACGCCGGGCCUGAUGGGGUUCCCGGUUGGAAGUAUCUCGGUACGCUCAUUCCGGAGUGGUUUUCGGACAGGUACCGAUACUACCAAAUGAUCGGCUCGGUCGUCUUCGUCUUCUGCGUGGCCCGCUCGCCCAGUUGGCAGCGCGUCUUCAACUCGCCGCCCGUGCAGUACUUUGGCCGCAUCAGCUAUGCCCUUUAUCUCAUGCACGGCCCGGUGCUGCAUACCGUCGGCUACAUGGUAGAGCGGUGGGCCUGGUCGCUCACCGGCACGGAAGGCAGCGCGUACAACUGGGGCUUCGUUUUGGCGAGCAUUUUCAACAUCCCGCUCGUCAUCUGGGCCUCCGACAUCUUUUGGCGCGCCGUCGACGCGCCGACCGUCCGGUUCGCGAAAUGGUUGGAGGGCAAGUUGUCGAUAAAGGAAUAGGAUGUGAAUACUCGAUCUGGGAGCC